AAUGAAGAUAAGCUUAAUCCGAACAUACACUUUCCCAAUUUUUCGUAAACCUUCUCUUCCUUUUCACUCUACUUUCCAUAAACCCAUUUCCUUUUCAUCAUCUUCUUCUUCUCUAAAACCCAAAACCCCACUCUUUUUACGCCCACCAACCCACUCAACCCCUCUCUCAGACCUCAAAAAAUGGUACACAUGGGCCAAAACUCUCGCCUCCUCGGUCGGCUCCUCCUUUCUUCACUCGGACAACGGCCCCGACUCCUCUCUUCUUUGCAGAGAACUCAACUGGCUGUUGGAGGACUCUGUCGAAGACCAUUCACUCAUUCCCCAACUGGGUAUCCAAGAAAGUCCCCAACAUGUUAUUUUGAGGGUGGAUUUGGAUGAGUUGUAUUGUUUGUGGAAGGAGAGGAUUGAAAAAAGGAAACCUUUACAGUAUUUGGUGGGGUGUGAGCAUUGGAGGGACUUGGUUUUGUGUGUUGAAGAAGGGGUUUUUAUUCCGAGGCCGGAGACCGAGUUGAUGGUUGAUAUGGUGAGUGAUUUGAUAGAGAAGAAUGAGGAGUUGAGAGAAGGGUUGUGGGUUGAUUUGGGGACUGGUUCUGGUGCUAUUGCCAUUGGGAUUGGUAGAGUUUUGGGGAAGCAAGGGAAGGUUAUUGCCAUUGAUUUGAAUCCUGUGGCUUGUUCUGUGGCCGCUCUUAACGUGCAGAGGUAUGGUUUGCAGGAUGAGAUUGAGGUAAGGCGGGGAUUUUGGUUCGAAACAUUGAAGGAUGUCGAAGGCAAGCUUUCUGGUGUUGUGAGUAACCCACCAUACAUACCAAGUGACCAUAUCUCUGGGCUUCAAGCUGAAGUUGGUGAACACGAACCAAGACUUGCCUUAGAUGGUGGUCCUAAUGGCCUGGAAGAUCUUCUCCAUCUAUGCAAUGGGGCUGCUUCAAUGCUGAAACCUGGUGGAUUUUUGGCAUUUGAGGUAUCGGCUCUUCUUUCUUGGAAGUUGAAGUAA